AGCAUUAUGAGAUUGCUAGAACUUGUUAUGAGAGACUCAUCAAAAUGAGUGAAUUGUGUAAUAAACAACUACUGUACACAUUCUCACGUGAUCCUGAGUUUGAGCGGUACAGAGGAAAUAUUUAUGUUAGAAGUUCAGAACACUUUCUAAAGUGCAAGUCAUCAUCUGUUGUUUUUUUUUUUGGUCAAUAAAGCGCAAGUCAUUAUCAGCGACGGUUUCAUCCACAUUAUAGGCUAUUAGUUUGAAUAUUAAUAUCUUUUAUGCAAUAAUGAAUAUGGAUGUAUUUAGAAUGAAAUUUAACCCUAAAUUACAACAUUUCUAAUGAUCAAAGACCUUGUAAUAGAGAUCAAAUAAAAACUUUCAAAUGAACUGCUGGAUUAGUGUUAUUAACUUUUAAAUUCUCAACAUGAAAGUCACUAACCCAUCAUUUAAAAGUCUUCAUUAGUUCUUAUUUUAAAAUCAUCACUAGAGACUCCCUAUUUUGAUAGGUAUAGCUCACUGGCUGAGUAAAGGUGGUGAUAAAAAAAAUAAAAACGCUUGGAUGAAACACAAACCCAGGCCAACAAACUCAUCAAACGACAAAAAGGAAACACCUACAAAACGUGGAGAUGCAGUUGAAUCCAUCGGUUACACUUACACACCCAAAGCAAGAACCUAGCUCUCUGCCUCCCUCCCACGUAGUGGAUUCAUGGCGCAUGCAUACCUUUCUCUCCUUCCACGGGUCACCAAACAACUCAUCCAUCUACCACCUGCUACUCUAGUACGUUUUCUCUUAUAUUUACUCCUCCGCCCCUCAUCUCUCUCAUUGCGACCAACCCAAGAUGGAAUACAGUGACACAGAUACGCCGGAGCAAUGCCGGGAGCGCCGCCAUCGAAGAAUCCUGAUGAGGCGCUCGAGGUGGUGCUGUUGCGGCCAGCACUUUCACCGCCAGCUGAGUUCAUACCGGACUAAUUACACUAUGACCACUCAUGAAAUGCCGCAACACCGGAAUCCAAUGCCCGAUUUCGGCAAGUUUUCACUUAUAAGGCGUCGUUCGGAGAGCAUUAUUGACGAUACCUUAUUUGUGAAGGAGGACUUCUGCCGGCUCGAACUUCUAGGUGGACAGCCUAUGCAUUUCUUUGCUGUCUUUGAUGCUCAAGGAGACCCUCAUGUGUCCACGCUGUGCAAACAAUUGAUGCACCAAUGCGUGGCGGCGGAGCUGCGGCGCGUGUGCAGCACUCCAGGGCUUGGUGAGAACUUGAGCUUGGGUUUGGAAACGGGAAGCGAGCAGCAGGAAGGGGAGGAGGCCAAGUGGCAUGAUCUGGUGCGAACAGCCCUAGAGAGGAGCUUUCAGAGGAUGAACCGUCUCAGGCAACACACUUGCACGUGUGGGAACAUUACUGAUGAUUGCAGGUGUGGAUUCAUGAUCCUCACGCCGCCAGUUGCGGCUGUUGUGGCAAUCUUAACAGCUCGGAAUAUUGUCAUUGCUAACUCCGGUACCUCACGCGCCGUCCUUGGUCGUGCCGGGAGUUCUUUACCACUCUUUGAUAAUUCCAAGCCUGAAAGACUAGAUGCACAAGAAAGGCUUCGUGCAGUAGAUGGUCGGGUUUUCCAUCACAACGGCAUGCGUGUAUAUGGAAUUCUUAACAUGUCUCAUUCCACAGUGCAAACAGGGGAUCACUACCUUCUGAAUAUUUCCAUCACAGAACGAGAGGGAAAUGAAGAUGAAUGCUUGAUUCUAGCCAAUCAUGGUAUUUGGGAUGCUAUAUCAGAUGACAUGGCUUGCAGGGUAGCUAGAACAUGUCUCACAUUUGAAGAUGGGGAAGCUGCUAGAGCUCCAGCCAAAGAUGGUCGUCUUUAUGGUCCAGACACGUGUGAUCAUGAGACGAACAUGUUUUUCUCUUCCAAAACCAACAGUGCAGCUGCAAUACUCUGCCGCCUCGCUUUGGGCCGUGGCAGUCGAGGCGAUAUAAGUGUCAUUGUUAUCGAUUUAAUGGUUAGGUCGAAGUCAAGGCAAAAAUGACAUUGCAACUUUUGCAAGUAAAAUUUACUGCUGUUUCAUGAAAUUAAGUUUGUUUAGGAAAAUAGUGUGAAGAACCCAAAAAAAACCCGCAUCCAAAAAGUGGCAUGGCAAUGUUGUUCUUCUUCAUGUAGAUUGUUAUUAUGUUAGUUUGGCAAAAUUGCCAAUA